AUGGCGCCCUCCUUCGAUCACUUGCGCGACGCUGAUGUCGACGAGGAUGACUACGAUGAGGAUGAGAUUGAUAUCUCCGAUCUACGAGAGAAAUACGAAGUCCAACUAGAGCAGGGCUAUGAUACCUUUAUUGUCGUCGAUGGCCUUCCCGAAGUCACCGAGGAGCAGAAGCCAAAGCUCGUCAAGUUCCUGUUAAAGAAGCUGACAUCAGUCGGCAAGACCAAGGAGGACCUCAUCUAUAUGCCCAUGGGUGAGAAUGGCAAGUCGCUCAGAUUUGCUUUUGUAGAAUUUUCAUCGCCUGCUGAGGCUGCUGCCGCCGUUCGGCAGCUAGAUAUGGUACCUCUCGACAAGAAGCAUACGCUAAGAGUCAACAAGAUGACCGACAUUGAUCGGUACGGCCGAGAGGGGCGGGUGGACGAGCAAUACACCCCCCCCAAGAUCGAAGAAUUUACUGAAAAGGAGCAUUUGCGCUCCUUUUUGGCCGAUCCUAGCGGUCGGGGUCGCGAUCAAAUCGCCAUGUACAGGGGUGACUCCGUUGGCAUUUUCUGGAACAGCGAGAAGGAUAACCCAGAGACUAUUGUUGACCGUCAACACUGGACUGAGAGCUUCAUACAAUGGUCUCCCCUCGGUAGCUACCUAGUAUCUGUUCACCAACAGGGUGUUCAGCUCUGGGGUGGUGCUUCGUGGUCGCGUCAAAAGCGGUUUGCUCACCCCUUUGUCAACAUGCUGGACUUCUCGCCCGGCGAGAAAUACAUAGUCACCUGGUCCAACAGGCCAAUCUCUAUUCCCGACGAAGGUCACCCUCAACUAUCCCUGGACGAAGAUGGCAAGAACUAUGUUAUUUGGGAUGUGGACACCGCCAAACCUCUCAGAUCCUUUUCCAACCUAGAUAUCCCCGCCGCUGCCGACGGUGCCAAGCCCCCGCCUAAAUUCUGGCCAGCAUUCAAAUGGUCCGCUGAUGAGAAGUACGUGGCUCGACUCACUCAGGGCCAAUCUAUCUCUGUCUAUGAGCUACCUCGGAUGAACCUAUUAGAUAAGACGACCAUCAAGAUAGACGGUGUCAUGGAUUUCGAGUGGGCGCCUGCGACACCCCGUAGGGAAGGCGUCAAGCAGUACGAGCAGCUGUUCUGCUACUGGACUCCUGAAAUAGGCAGUAACCCAGCCAAGGUCGGAUUGAUGAGUAUACCAUCUAAACAGAUCGUUCGUACGCUCAAUCUCUUCAGCGUCACGGAUGCCAAGCUUCACUGGCAAUCCGACGCUACUUACCUCUCCGUCAAGGUUGAUCGGCAUUCCAAGUCGAAGAAAUCACAGGCGACGACUCUCGAGAUUUUCAGAAUCAAAGAAAAGGGAGUGCCCGUUGAAGUGGUCGAUACCAUCAAAGACACAGUCAUCAACUUUGCUUGGGAACCCAAGGGCGAUCGGUUCGUCAUCAUCACAACGUCCGAACCUGCAGGGCCCACAGCGGUACCACCUAAGACUUCAGUCUCCUUCUUCUGCCCGGAGAAGGCUAAGGGUCAGACCGUGGGCAACUUCAAGCACCUGCGGACAUUAGACAAGAAGAAUAGCAACGCCAUUUACUGGUCACCGCGGGGCAGGUUUGUCGUUGUCGCCACAGUGGCUAACGCGCAGAACUCGGAUCUCGAGUUCUACGAUCUCGACUUCGAAGGCGAAAAGCCUGAGAGUGACAAGGAUUUGACCGCCAAUCUGCAAUUGAUGAACACGGCUGAUCACUACGGUCUCACCGAUAUCCAAUGGGAUCCUGCGGGCCGUUAUGUCGCGUCAUGGGCGUCAGCAUGGAAGCACGCUAUGGAAAACGGAUAUCACAUCUAUGACUUCCGAGGUGAACAACUACGAGAGGAGCCCGUGGAGAAGUUCCGGCAAUUCGCUUGGCGACCCCGACCCCCUACGCUCCUGUCCAAGGAGGAACAGAAGCAGAUCCGCAAGAACCUGCGCGAGUACUCGAAGCAAUUCGAGCAAGAGGAUGCCGAGCGUGGCGCGUCUGCCGACUUGGCGGUGGUCGAGGCGAGGAGGCGCCUGCUCGACGAAUGGCUUGCAUGGCGUGCUUCGGUGGACGCCGAGGUCGAGGAAGAGAGACUCGACCGCGGCCUCCCCGUCAAUCCCGUGGAAGGUCUCAUCCCGCAGGCGGAUAGCGAGGAAGAGCAGCAGGUUAUCGAAGAGAUUGUGGAGGAGGUCAUUGAGGAAACGGAAGAAAUUGUGUCCUAG